AUGGCUCACAGCACAGAAGUCCCGAACAAUCCUGACAACAAGUCCGACAUCAAUGUCACGAACAACUAUGAUGUUGCUGUCGGCAGAGUUGAAAAUGUCGGAAGUUUCACCAAGAGUCCAGAUGCAGUCGACGACAACAUUCUUCUCGCUCAGGGCCAUGCCCCUGUGAUGAGACGAUCGUUUGAUCUGUUGGGUACUCUUGGACUUGGCUUUAGCAUCACCAACUCUUGGGUUUCGUACGCCAGUUGUUUUGGACAGAGUCUUCUUUACGGAGGAGCCCAAGCGACUGUGUUUGGGUUGAUAGUCGCCUGCGCUGUACAGUGGCUUAUCAUUCUCGGACUGGCGGAGCAAGCAUCGGCAUUUCCAUCUUCAGGAGGCCAAUAUCACUUCACGUACAUCCUCGCCCCGAAGAAAUAUCGACGCUUCGCUGCCUUUGCCGUGGGCACUAUCAGUGUUCUCGGAUGGUGGGUGAUUACCUGCUCUGGCAUCUCGAAUAAUGUGCAGUGCAUCAUUGGCAUGAUUCUCUUUGUCAAUCCUGAUUACCACCCUCAGAACUGGCAUUCAUAUCUGCUUUACGUUGGGCUCAUCUUGAUCACACUCAUCCCCAUCUUCACGAUCCCGCAAAAGCACCUCGGAAAGUGGACACAAGCCUGUCUCGCGAUAUCCGUUCUCGGCUUCGUCGUCGUCACUAUUACGAUCCUCGCCAUGAGCGAUGGCUAUAACCACCCGAGCUUCAUCACGACCUUCGAUGGUACAAGCGGUUGGCCAGAUGGAGUUGCCUGGGUCAUGAGCGUUGGCAAUGCGAUGUAUGCGUUUGCUAGCAUGGAUGCUGUGAUUCAUGUUGCUGAAGAAAUGCACCACCCUGGCAAGGCCAUCCCUCGAGCAAUGAACCUUACCAUGAUUAUUGGUCUCCUCACCUCUGUGCCGUUUAUCUUGGCCAUGAUGUUUGUCAUCAAGGAUCUCGAUGCUGUCAGGGCAGCUCAUCUACCCAGUCUUGAAGUGUUCCACCAAGCUACAGGAAGUAAAUCGGCGGCACUUGGAUUGCAGUCUCUUCUUGUUGUCAUCUUCUACACAUGCAUGCCAAGUCAGUGGAUCACAUGCGGCCGAUUGACUUGGGCCUUCUCCCGAGACCGUGGCUUGCCUUAUUCCAACUACUGGAAUCACAUCUCGCCCUCCCUCGGCUUCCCUGUCCGUACAACUCUUCUCUCAGUUGCUUUCUGCAUCAUCUACGGAUUAUUGUAUAUGGCCAGUACUCAAGCCUUCAACUCGAUCAUCAUAACCGCAGUUCUUGGUGUCAACAUCUCAUACGCUGUCCCUCAAGCUAUCACCCUGAUCCAUGGACGAGAGAACAGGUUGCCACCACGACCUUUCAAGCUUGGAAAAGUUGGAGGUUAUCUUUGCAAUGCGUGGACUCCUCUCUGGGUUACUACGAUUGGCAUCUUCAUUUGCUUCCCGAAUGCCCUUCCUGUGACUGCUGGAUCAAUGAAUUACGUGUGUGUUGUACUCGGAUGCAUGGGUCUUAUCAUGGGUUGUCUCUGGUUCACUGUUCGUCGUUAUUUCGAUGGUCCCGCCAUCGACUACGAGAUGUUGGGUAUAAGGCCAGAGUGA